UCAAGAGGAUAAUUAAAAAAAAAAUUGGACUCUUCGUCCGGCAUUGAAAUUUUUAAGGCACAACCGAAGGGAUUCAUCGACUCAAUGCCCGGGCCCAGCAGGAGCGAGUCCUGAGCCCGCGAUCUAGGAAUUCCGUGGAUUCCUUUUAAAUAUAAAAACUAGAAAAUAUGAAUUUCCACGUUUUUUGAAUAUUUUUUAUGAAUAUUUUGAUCAAUAAAAAUACGGAGGAGGGGAAUUCUCUUGCGUUACCAUGGAGAUUAUUGAAAUUGAUUAAACUGACAUUUAUUGGUACAUUUGGCCACUGAUAGCAGUUGAGAUUCCGAAGCUGAAGGAAAAUGGAGCUUCCGAUGAACGAAAAGCAAAAUGUACAAAAUUUCUGUACUCAGCGGCACAUCACAGAGGAGGAAUUUCAAAAUUUCAUGCAGCGAGUGACGGAAGUGGAGAAAAUCGUGAAAAAAUUGGCGUCCUCUGAUGUGAACGAACAGAAGAGGGGAGAAUUACUGGCUGAUAAUAUCCUCAAAUCGAACAAUGCAGUAGAAUGCAAAUUGUCAGGGGAUGAAGAAUUGAAAGUGAAGACGGAGCGCACGCUGAUAAAUAAAUAUCCAACGAGUGAGGAGACUGAUCCGAAUAAAAUGUCGAGAGGUAACGAAACAGGAUGGAAAUUUAAUCGACGAUUAACAAUUUGUUUUUCCACAAAUUCAGAGGUUUUUAUGAAAACAAUGGAGAAAGAUGCCCGUGAGCGGGCAGAGGACAGAAAGAGGAGGAAUGAGAGGGCUGAUACGUUUAAAAGAAUCGGUAAUGGAGCGUUUGAUAGCGGGGAUUAUGAGAAAGCUGUGACUUAUUAUGGAAAGGCUAUUGAGCAGAGGAAAGAUUCCACUGUUAUUUGGAAUAAUCGGGCACUAUCCUUCAUGAGGCUGGGGCUCUAUGAGAAGGCACUGCAGGACUGUGAGUGGGCCCUCAAAGUCAAUGAUUCGAAUAUUAAGGCACUUUUGAAUAGCGCCAAGUGUUAUGCGUAUUUGGGGAAUCAUCAGAAGAGGGAUGAGUUUAUAAGACUUUCCAAGGAGAGGAUUCCAAGAUUUUCCAAGUAUAUCGAAGAUUUCGAAAAAGCAUUGAAAGAAAAUCCAAAUGAUGUCAUACAGGACGAGGAAUCGAUCGUUUAGCAAUGAAAUAGAAAAUCAUAAAUUAUAAAUAUUUGUAUUUACAAUCAGUAUUUACACUCAGUAGUUUGAGAAUAAAGACAUAAC